UCGGCGACAACCAGGGGAAACAUCACCGAAUACGAUACCCCAUUGUUUCUACCUGUUUGCGACUUGCCUUCCUUCCUUCCUUCGCCUUUCGUUUACUCAACUGUCAACAAUGUUUCGCCUGCUGCUUUGUGUAGCACUCUUAUUUCAGCAUGCCUUAGCGCUGCAAGAAACGAUCGACCUUGGAUAUGCAAAGUACCGUGGAAAAGAUCUCGGCAAUGGUGUCAUACGCUGGGCUGGUAUGCGAUAUGCACGCAAUCCAUCGCGUGUAGAGGGACUGCGAUUUACUGCACCUCAAGAUCCUAAAGAUGAGUCUGGUGUUGUCAACGCUACAAAAUUCGGACCCCUAUGUAUCGGCACCAAGAGACCACUGAAAGCUGAAUUUGGGGGAACCAACUCAGAAGAUUGCCUGUUUAUCAACGUUUUCGCGCCAGAGAGAGCCACAAAUAAGAGCAAGUUGCCGGUCUACGUCUUCAUUCAGGGCGGUGGCUUCAAUCUCAACGGCAAUGCAAACUACAACGGUGCAGACUUGAUUGAUGCUGGCGACGACGGCAUGGUUGUAGUGAACUUCAACUAUCGAGUAGGCCCUUAUGGGUUCCUAGCUGGACGUGAGAUUGUUGCGAAUUCGAGUCUGAGUCUAAACAACGGACUGAAAGAUCAGAGAAAAGCACUCGAAUGGGUAAAAAAACAUAUUCAACAGUUUGGAGGCGACCCGAAACAUGUUACCAUUGGGGGAGCAAGCGCUGGUGGAGGCUCCGUUGUUUUCCAACUUACCGCAUAUGGUGGACGAGAUGACGGCCUCUUCCACGCUGCUGCUGCCGAGUCACCUGCCUUUCCAUCGCUACGAGACGUAGGAGACAGUCAAUGGCAAUUCGACGAGCUACUCAAACAGACGGGAUGCGCCGAUCUCAACUGCAUGGCAAGCCUCGAUGCGGUCACCUUCCAAGAUGCUGUCAGUACAUUGAAGAUGCCAUUCCCAGGCGGCAAGAAUCCACCGCUUUACUUCUGGAAUCCGACCCUGGACUACGAUUUCGUGCAAGACUACACUUUUAACGAAUUGAAGGCUGGUCAUUUCGUCAACGUGCCCACUAUCUUUGGCAGUGCCACGCAUGAUGGCAUCAAUUUCGUUCAGAAGAGCAUCAUGUCCCAGUCUCGGUCUCAGGAUUUCCUCACCGACCAGUACCCCGCCUUGAACUGGGAUACAAUCCGUCAAGUUUGGGGUGGUAACAUUGCGACGACUGCUGACGCCCGCUGGAGAUCACUGACCGCUGAUGUCUAUGGGUACAUCCGAUAUACCUGCCCUGCUCUUAAUGUCACCGAUACCUACGCCAUCGAUAACACGAACCCAACCUGGCAAUACCGGUGGAAUGUGGGAAGCGCGUCGCAUGUCGGAGAAUUACUACCAAUCUGGAACAAUGCUACUUCGGCCGCAGGCGUUUUCGUGCAGGCAUACUGGGCGUCCUUCAUCCGAAGCUUUGACCCCAAUACACACGCUGCAGAAUAUUUAGUCUCCAAAGGCUCAGAGCUUCAGAGCCCGGACUGGCACUCCUUUAGCGCAAGUAACGGACAAAGGCUGAGCUUCAACGACGACAACAACGUGACCAUGGAGGCAGUUCCCGAGCUGGAGUGGCAGAGGUGUGAUGCCAUCGAUGACAUGGGUCUACAUCUGAAGCAGUAAGUUCAAAUCCCACGCGCAAUUUACCCGAGCGGUCCACUAUGCGGCUGCAGAUUGCGUCUCGAUGAUGCUAUUACCCUAUCUAGAAGUUACGCCAAGUUCAGGAAUGUGAACGCUG